AUGGCAGAUCAACAGUCUCCUUCUAAACGCCCUUAUAGCGAAUCGCCGCCACUACCUUCACCUUCGAAAGUCCGCCGGCUCGAUGACACUCCCGCAAAAUCAGCGCCAGUCACCCCUCCAGACAGUACGAAGAACGUCGAGUCAGACUCGUCGCCUCCGGGUCCGAAGCAGCAGCAGUCUAAAAGCGUGUCAAACUCUUCCCCAAAGUGUCCUGUCGUGGCUCGCCCCGUUGACUAUACCGGAAUGUCUCUGGAAGAACGAUUGAAGUUCCACGACACUGUGCACGCUGCAGAAAUACAUCGAGCGCGCAAUGAGCGAUGGCAACGGAUGGAAGAAAGGCGCAGCAAAAUGUCAAGAGCUGAACAGGAACAAUGGAUGAUCGACUUCCGGCAAAAAAAUCAAAUACCCGAUCCAAAACCUGGUCCAAAACUUUGUUUUGAAGAUGUGAUCGAGAGCAAUUAUUAUUCAUCGGGUGAGGACAAUGAUGAAGAGUAGAUAUACUCAAGCAACAUUAUUGAUUAUUGGCAUUCCAUGUGCGCUCUCCAAUGCCUCCCAUACUAGAUUAAAGUCAUCUUUAAUUAAACGCCAUUGCUCUGCGCGCGUUGGUGUCUUUGCUAUCUAAUCACCCAAAAUUUCAUCGCAUUCAAUGAGGGACUCCAGCGUGCCUUCAGGGCCAAACAUAGCGCUUUGCCGAGUGCCAUCUUCUUCGAUCCAGGUAAUAACUUUGCUACCUUUUUCCCAUUUUAUCAUACCGCCGAAGCCCAGCUUGUCAUCUUGGGCCGUUCUAAAAUAUGCGAUGACCGCCGGUGUCUUGUCGAGGAAUUGGAUCAGACAACGCCGAAGCGCGUCUUCUCCACUGCGGCACAUCUCCGUCGAGAAUGAUCGACCUUUGGUCUAUAAUAGAAUAGUUUAGAUAGAGUUGACACGCUAAAAGGC